GCCAGACAUGGCGGCGGAGCUACAACCCGAGUGGAUUUCUGCUCUCCCGUCUUCCUGGAGUUAUGGGGUUACUCGGGACGGACGGGUCUUCUUCCUCAACGAAGAAGCCAAGAGCACAACCUGGCUGCAUCCAGUGCGCGGGGAGGCAGUUCUAACCGGACACAGACAAACUCCAGACCUACCCACUGGAUGGGAAGAGGGAUUUACCUUUGAGGGAGCGCGAUGCUUUAUCAAUCACAAUGAGCGGAAGGUGACCUGCAAACAUCCUGUCUCAGGCUUACCCUCUCAAGACAACUGCAUCUUUGUCGUCAACGAACAUGUAAAUUGCAGAAAGUUAUGUCAUCCAGCUUUUCGCAGAUCUGCCUCCAAAGUGCCAGCGAAUGAGAAGAAGGAACGGCCACUAAGCACCAUGAGCGAAGCCUCCAACCACACGGCAGCCACCUCUGACUGCACCACACACACCAACAGCCCUGCAGGAAGACCCUCAAGGCCCUCCAAGAAAAUUCACAAUUUUGGGAAGCGAUCCAACUCCAUCAGGAGGAACCCCAAUGCUCCGGUGAUCAAGAGGAACUGGCUUUACAAACAGGACAGUACAGGCAUGAAGUUGUGGAAGAAGAGGUGGUUCGUUCUUUCUGAUCUGUGCCUCUUCUACUACAGAGAUGAAAAAGAGGAAGGUGUUCUUGGCAGCAUUCUCCUGCCGAGCUUCCAGGUAUCCAUGUUGUCUGUGGAUGAUCACAUUAACAGAAAAUAUGCUUUCAAGGCGACGCAUCCCAACAUGCGAACCUACUAUUUUUGCACGGACACAGCCAAAGAGAUGGAGUCUUGGAUGAAAGCAAUGACAGACGCUGCACUUGUGCAUUCAGAGCCCGUUAAAAGGUUGGACAGACUAAAAGUGGAGCAGUGUGGACCACAAGAAAUAAAUCUUGUUGCCAACCACAAGCUGCCUCUCACACAGCCUGAAAUCCAGAACAAUGAGCGCAAUCUUGAGGUUGAUCGCGAGCGCAGUGCAGCAGUAACCACCACCAAAGAGGAAGAAGACAGAAAGCAGCGUGACGCUGAGCGUUAUGGCUUCCAGAAGGAUGGGACAGAGCGUGGACGUCCACUUACCAAGAUCAACAGCCUCAAACUGCAGUCGGCCCAGGCAGCAUCCAUUAAGGCUAAGGUGACUUCACCACAGCCUCCAGCUGAGGCUGAGAGGAUGCAGCAAAACCCAGAGGUGAACGGAUCAGGGGAGCAGCUCCCUGCUAAUGGGAACGGGCUCCCUGUUCAGCAAAGUCCCAACCAGGAGCCACAUCGCACCCUGAACAGGACAAACUCUAUGCAGCAGCUGGAACAGUGGGUUCGCAUACAGAGAGGACGAGGCCAGGAUGAUGAUACCAGGAGCAUCACAUCAUACCAGACACUGCCUAGAAAUAUGCCAAGCCAUCGGGUACCCUACAUGCCUCAUUAUGGAGAUGGCUACCGCAGUAUGCCCAGAAAUAGCAUGGCCCAGCGGGACAGCAUUUGCAGCAUGUCUCCGUCUCUGUACGACCAAGCCCUGGGCCCGUCGGUGGCUGACAAGCGCCGCUCCAUGCGCGACGACACCAUGUGGCAGCUGUACGAGUGGCAGCAGAGACAGGCCUACAGCAGGCAGCCGGGGCUCUACAGCAACAUGACCAGCCCCAAAACCAUGAUCAACUUAUCUGAGCAUGCUGCCCCCAGCCACUCCAUCCCCCCGUCGCCGUCUCACGGGUCCUUGUCCGUGUACGGUGGCUACUCUCCGCUGAGAUCUUUCAACAUGGCCAACGCUCGCUCUGAGUUGACCUCCCCUACCUACAGACGAGAGUCGAGCCUUGACAGACGGCACAGGUCACAAAUCAACAAGAACUGUGUUCUGCAGUACGCCUACCCACCUGAUAGGAGGUCCAUGCCUGUGGGGAUCCCAGUCCAGACCAUCACUGCCCAUUCUCUGCAAGGCAAAUCUCCUGAAGAACUGACUUUGCUGCUGAUAAAGCUGCGGCGGCAGCAGGCAGAGCUAAACAGUAUCCGGGAGCACACUGUAGCACAGCUUAUGCAACUAAACAUGGAUGGCGACAACCCAAAGAACGACAUUCUCUCUCAUCACCUCCAAAGGAACCUCAUGUAUUUGGACAAUCAGAUGAAGGAAAAUGACCCUUUAAUCGCCAUGACUCACAAAUUGAUUGAGAACUCGGCUCCAAGGCCUCAACUUUACCAGCAACUGAGUCCAGAAGACUACGGGGAGCAAGCGUACACAUGCAUGCCAGAGGAAGUGAAUACUGAUACUAAACUCAGCAGGUUGUGCGAGCAGGAUAAAGUGGUUAGGACGCAUGAGGAAAAACUUCAGCAGCUGUACAGAGAGAAGCAUACAUUGGAGACUGCUCUUCUGUCGGCCAGUCAGGAGAUCGAGCUGGGCUCCGAUGACCCGGCCGUCGUUCAGCAGAGAGACUUGCUGCAGAGUGGCCUCCUCAGCACCUGCAGAGAGCUGUCCAGAGUCACUGCGGAGUUGGAGCGGUCAUGUAGGGAGUAUGACAGGUUGGAAGGAGAUGUGACUUCAGCCAAGAGUAACCUGCUGGAGCAGCUGGAAGCACUGGGAAGCCCACAGACGGAGCCUCCCAGUCAGCAGCACGUUCGCAUCCAAAAGGAGCUGUGGAGGAUUCAAGAUGUGAUGGAAGUGCUCAAUAAAAACAAAGCUCAGAGAAACGCUGUGGAUGGGAUGGGCUUCUCUGGACCCAAAACCAACUUGAAUAAGCUCAAAAAUGAGGAAGAGGACUCUGUACCCCCGCGGCCGCCCCUACCCCAUUCCUACGAGCCCAACUCCCCCGCCGUGCCCCCUCCAGCCUCUCAUGCUGGUGUGCGCCCCUCGUCCCUCCACAGGCCAGAGGACAGGAAGAGCAACCACAGGAAUAGCACGCACAGCGGGCCAGACUACAGACUUUAUAAGAGUGAACCAGAGCUCACCACAGUGGCCGAGGUGGAUGAGAACAACGGAGAGGACCGAUCUGAACACCCGUCUGACAGAGAAUAUGCUGGAAACAAAGGCAUGUCUUAUCCAGUCGGCAUUGUCCCACCCAGAACCAAAUCUCCAGUGCCUGAGUCUUCAUCUAUAGCCUCGUAUGUAACUUUAAGGAAGACCAAGAAGCCUGACCCCAGGACGGAGCGUCCACACAGUGCAGCGGAGCAGCAGCUGUGCACUGUGGAGCUUGGUCGACCCAGAAUGAGUGUAGAAGAGCAGAUGGAGAGGAUCCGUCGCCACCAGCUAGGUACCCUCAGGGAGAAGAAAAGAGCACCCGGCGUCCGGGGGGGCAGCCUGGAGAACACGCCUUCUCGUAGUCACUCGUUCACGACUAAAGAAAAUCAUUUCCGCACCUUGCAGUACCAGAUGAGGCGCAGAGAUGACUUGAUGAGUUUUGACAUCCAGGAGUUGGAGGCCUCCCUGAGACACCAGGAGGUGGUGAGGGAGCAGGAGACGCCCUCAGAGGAGAUCGCUCGUCUCAAAGAAUCCACCCAGGCGGAUUUCAACCUUGACCGAGAGCUCUCUGUGCCCGACAAAGUGCUGAUUCCUGAGCGUUACAUUGAAUCGGACCCUGAGGAACCUUUAAGUCCUGAGCAGGAGGCUGAUAAGCAGAGGAAAGUUGACCGCAUCAAAGCCCUUAUAGCAAAAAACAGUAUGCCAAAUGUGCUGCCUAGUUUGGCUUUAAGCCCAGAAGAUGAGAAUGAAGAGGAGGUUACCGUACAGGAGAAAGAGAAGAUGAUUAAUAUCUCCUACGAGCUGGCAGCAGAGGCCUCCAAACGCAGCAAACUGGUAGCAGUGAGAAGCCUGUCGUCCUCCUCCCCACCCCUCCCACAGUCUCCCACCACACCCCCUCAGCUCACUGACGGCUCUCACUUCAUGUGUGUGUAGUAGCAACACACAGGCUCUGGCCUCAGUGAAGACUUACACAUGAAGGGAACAGCAGGGAGGACAUA